CGCGAAUAAUGGGUGGCGCUGAACAAUGAGAAAUUAAGGAGCUGAAGUUCAUGUGUCUUUUUGUCUUUCAUUUUCUUGCUUCUGAGUGCGCUCCCCUGGGCAGACUGUGGCCCGGCAGAGGUGGCUGUCACAUGAAAAAGGAAAAGAUUUAUUUGGAUAUUUCACGCUGAAAUUCGCACGAGAUUGGAAGAAUGGCUCCAUCAGCACCUCUACCAUUGCCUCCUGAGUUUAAAGACGCAGAUUCCUAUGUUGAAUCUCUCUUGCAAUUUUCCACCUCUUGCGAACUGUUUCAAACGUUAUGCGGUGGAGUUCAUAUCUUAGAUUUUUUUACACGGGAGCCGAGUCUCUACUCGACUGUACUCCCUGAGUCUUGGCGCAGUUGGCUUGAAGAGAGGGAUAUUCAUGAUAUUCUCGAUUUCUUGAUGCACGAGGAUCUUCAGAAAUUUGCGCCGCUUUACAAGGAAGCGGAACAGCCAUGGCAGACAAAAGAGAAGGCGAUACCAUGGAGAGGCGGCCCCUUACCGCCGUCUUCACUCGUCGAAUAUGCAAAAAAUAUACGCAAGCAUUGUCUUGCGCGAGAGUUCAAGCCGCGACCAAGCAGACACUGUGGUCCUCCCAAUGGAGCGAAGCAACCGCCGAUGCCACGGAGCAUUGCGAUAGGCAUGAAGCCGAAAAAAAUUCACGAGGUUGAAAAUUUCGCUCGCUAUGUCGACAAUUUAAUGGAUGAGAUUAAAGAGGGCGGCGGGCGUGAACUUACUCAUCUCGUUGAUUUUGGCUCUGGACAGAAUUAUCUGGGGCGAGCAUUGGCCAGCCAGCCUUACAACAGGCAUAUUAUAGCCAUUGAAAGUAAGCAGCUUAACAUUGACGGAGCACGAGACUAUGACCGAGUGGCCAAGAUCGUGAAGAAGGAAAAGAUUAUGCGAGAUAAGAAGCAAUUUCGCAAAGAGAAAGCAGCUCGGAAAUUUCAGGAAAAAGGACCGCAGAGCAAAGAAGAGCCCGAAUUGGAAGUUUCGGAUGCGCAAAUAGAAUCUGCCGCGAACUCCGCUCAGAGCCAAGAUUCGAUUUCUGCUUCCGAGCCGGCUAGCCUACCGCCCAUCAAGGACGACGGCUUUGGCAUGCCAAUUCGAGUUUACAAUCCGAAGAAGGUGUCAGAGGAAGGGCAAGGCACCAUCCAAUAUGUUGAACACAUGAUUCAGGAUGGAAAUCUCUCGCCAGUGCUGAGAAAGAUAGAGGAAGAGGAGCAGAAUCAACGCCCAGAAGCAUCUGACGCGACCAGUCAAGUUUCAGCUGCGCCAAAGAAUCUGAUGGUAAUAUCUCUUCAUUCCUGCGGAAACCUACUCCACCAUGGUAUCCGUUCUCUGCUUCUCAACCCAACUGUCUCCGCAGUUGCCUUAAUCGGGUGCUGCUAUAAUCUCGUCACUGAACGCCUUGGCCCACCAACAUAUAAAUUGCCAACCUUGCGUGCCGCGCACCCUCGCCUGGAAAAGACCUCAACGGCAUUCGACCCGCACGGAUUUCCAAUGUCCGACCGACUUGCCACAUAUCCGCUCCCUGGGCAUGAAGAUGGUGAGGCAGAGUCUUCAACUGGAAUCAGGUUCAACAUCACCGCUAGAAUGAUGGCCGUACAAGCUCCCCAGAACUGGACAAAGGAAGAAAGUGAAUCCUUCUUCACCAGGCAUUUUUUCAGAGCAUUGCUUCAGAGGAUCUUCCUGGACCGUGGAAUUAUCAAUCCUGCGGCACAGUCUCAGAAUACCGCGUCUGAAUUAGGUUCAGGAGCAGGCGCUGGUACUCCUGGCGGCACGGAACCGAUAAUCAUCGGGUCGCUGCGGAAAGCAUGCUACACAUCGUUCACAGCAUAUGUACGAGGAGCUGUAUCAAAGAUUGCCCAGCAAGAUUCAACAAGCCGGUCAACACUCAUUUGCGAUAGUAUUGCUGCUAUGACUGACGCUGAAAUUGAAGAUUAUGAAACUCGAUAUUAUCAUCGCCGCAAAGAACUCAGCGUUAUUUGGAGUUUAAUGGCCUUUAGUGCGGGUGUUGUUGAGGCAGUUAUUGUUGUUGAUCGGUGGUUGUUCCUGAAAGAACAACCAAACAUACAGCUUGCUUGGGUUGAAAGUGUAUUUGAUUAUAUGUUGAGCCCACGGAAUCUGGUAGUUGUCGGAGUUAAACGAGAAGAAGAUAACUUAGUCUGAGAAUAGAAAGGAUUGUAGUAGAAU